AAGUUUUCUUGUAUUUUUAUGUAGCUUUUGUGUUUAGUUAAUCUAUUAUUUAACAAAAUCGUAUAACUAAUUGGCAAAGGCCGAAAUUUGUUUAACCAUUAGGUACCUAUAUCAAAAGAGGACUAGUCACUAGCUAAAGAAAAAAUCCAUCCCUUAUCUAUUCCAAAGUAAAUCUCUGUGUUGGACUUUGAUCUCAGUCUCACUUCCACACAGCACAGACACUGGGACAGUCAUUUUUGUGGUGAAGUGCAAUCCAAUUUAAGUAUGCUACGAAUUUCGCGCAGUCCACUGUUCAUUUUCCAACGGGGAAAGGCAACAACUACCGGAGAUGAUUACCAAUAUAUGCAGAAAACUCGUAUCCCCAUGCUGCAUUUCCAGCCUUCGCUGCCAAGGCUCCCGAUUCCGGCAUUGGAAAAGACAUGCGAGCGUUAUCUAGCGGCUCAGAGGCCUCUCCUUAUCGAUGAAGCAUUUCGAAAGACGAAAGAUAACGUUGAUCGCUUCAUGACCACGACGGGACCCAAACUGCAGGAGCUGCUCAAAAAGAAAGAUUCUCAAAACAAGCACACCAGCUACAUCUCCGAGCCAUGGUUCGAUAUGUACCUCCGUGAUCGGAGUCCACUACCAAUCAACUACAAUCCCCUGCUGAUGAUGAAUCCAGAUUCACGUCCCGAAUACAACGAUCAGCUGAUUCGAACAACCAAUCUGGUGGUCAGUUCGCUUCGUUUUAUGAAAUCCCUUCGAGCCCAUCUUCUAGAGCCGGAAGUGUUCCAUCUAAAUCCGGCCAAAAGCGAUACCCACAUGUUUAGGACCAUUACCUCGAUGAUGCCGUCCUUCGUGUCGACUUACGUGGCUUAUGCGUUCAAGGCUUUCCCAUUGGAUAUGAGCCAGUAUCAGGGACUGUUUGGAUCUACCAGGAUUCCUGAGACGGGCAAAGACAGAAUCUACAGGAUCGAGAAAUCACGUCACUUACUGGUAAUCCGUAAUGGACACAUGUACUCGGUGGAUGUGCUGGACGAAGCAGGUAACAUCGAACAACCGGAAACUUUAUUGGCGCGCUUUAAACACAUCCUGGAUGACAAUCGACCACCAACCGACAAUCCACUAGGGCUGCUAACCACCGAAAACCGGGACACGUGGGCUAAAAUUCGUUAUCAUCUGAGUGAAAUCGGGAACGAAAAGGCACUUCGAACUGUCGAUUCCGCCCUGUUUUGUCUUUGCCUGGAUAAUGGCACCAUCGAUCCGGAACAUCCCAUUCCCAUGAUUAGGGACUUCCUUUUCGGUGACGGUACCAACCGCUGGUUUGAUAAAUCGUUUUCGUUGAUCGUAUCCAAGGAUGGAACUGCGGGUAUCAACUUUGAACACUCCUGGGGUGAUGGGGUCGCCGUGUUGCGAUACUUCCAGGAAAUCUACAAGGAAACUACCAAGGUUCCUUUUGUGGAUCCAAACUUACAGCCUAAGGACGCCAACCGUUGUGAAGAUGUGGUACGAUUGAUCGAGUUCAAUUUAGAUGACCGAAUUCGGGAUGGCAUCAUAAUGGCUCAGAAUCAUCACAACUCGGUAAUCGAUGCGCUCGACAUGAACUACAUGAAGUACGAAGGAAUCAACAAAAAUAUCUGCAAGAAGCAGCGAAUCAGUCCGGAUUCGGUGAUGCAGCUGGGAUUCCAGUUGGCCUUCUAUAAGCAACACGGCAAAUUCGUAGCAACCUACGAGUCUUGUAGUACCGCCGCAUUCCGCCAUGGGCGUACGGAAACUAUGCGUCCCUGCACGACGGCUACCAAAGAGUUUUGCGAAGCGAUCGAACGGAAGCAGAAUAAGCCCUCGAACAGCGAAUUGCGAACCAUGAUGGAUACUUGUUCCACCGUUCAUGGCCAGUUGACGAAAGAUGCAGCCAUGGGACAGGGUUUCGACAGGCACCUGUUCGGCUUGCGUCACACUGCCCAAAUGAACGACAUUCCGAUGCCCUGUAUUUUCGAAGACCCGGCCUAUGCAGCGAUGAAUUACAAUAUCCUUUCGACUAGUACGCUCUCUUCGCCGGCACUUCUGGCCGGAGGGUUUGGACCGGUGGUAAGAGAUGGUUAUGGUAUCGGUUACAACAUUCAGGAUGGAUUCCUGGGCAGCGUUGUGACCAAUUAUAAACCGGACCGAAACGGGCGAGAGUUCGUAGACUGCCUGAGAAGUGCCUAUGAGGAUAUUGCCAAUGUGCUAGAAAAUUCAAAACCACCAUCGAAGUGAUUUGGUUAAGUUUAAAGAUUUGUUUUCCAUCUGUAUUACUGCUUUAUGGUUACAUCAUUGUACCUAUCGUUA